AUGCCUCGCCCGGGCAGAAACACUUACAGUGAUCAGAAGCCUCCCUACUCCUACAUCUCGCUGACCGCCAUGGCGAUCCAGAGCUCCCCGGAGAAGAUGCUGCCCCUGAGCGAGAUCUACAAGUUCAUCAUGGACCGCUUCCCCUACUACCGGGAGAACACGCAGCGCUGGCAGAACUCCCUCCGCCACAACCUCUCCUUCAACGACUGCUUCAUCAAGAUCCCGCGCCGCCCCGACCAGCCGGGUAAGGGCAGCUUCUGGGCGCUACACCCCAGCUGCGGGGACAUGUUCGAGAACGGCAGCUUCCUGCGCCGCCGCAAGCGCUUCAAGGUGGUCAAGUCGGACCACCUGGCCCCUAGCAAGCCGGCGGACGCGGCGCAGUACCUCCAGCAGCAGGCGAAGCUGCGGCUCAGCGCCCUGGCGGCCACCGGCACCCACCUGCCCCAGAUGUCCACCUACAACCUCGGCGUGUCCCAGCCCUCCAGCUUCAAGCACCCCUUCGCCAUCGAGAACAUCAUCGCCAGAGAGUACAAGAUGCCCGGGGGGCUCGCGUUUUCCACGAUGCAGCCCAUGCCGGCCGCCUACCCCCUCCCCAACCAGUUGACUACGGUGGGCAGCUCCAUUGGCACGGGCUGGCCCCACAUGUACAGCUCCGGCAUGAUCGACACCGCCACCCCCAUCUCCAUGGCCAGCGGCGAGUACGGCGCUUACGGCGUGCCCAUUAAGCCGCUCUGCCAUGGGGGGCAGACUUUGCCGGCCAUCCCCGUCCCCAUCAAGCCUACCCCCGCCGCAGUGCCGGCCCUGCCCGCCCUGCCCGCGCCCAUCCCCACCAUCCUCUCGAACUCGCCGCCCUCCCUCAGCCCCACGUCCUCGCAGACGGCCACCAGCCAAAGCAGCCCGGCCACCCCCAGCGAGACUCUCACCAGCCCGGCGCCCGCCCUGCACUCCGUGGCGGUGCACUGA